AAUAGUUUCCAGUCUCAUCCCCUUCCUUCCCCUUGUCGGGACUCCCCGCCGGCACCAACCUAAAAGGCGGAAGCUCGGCGAGGAGAAAAGUGACGGAUGAGGCCCGCACGGUCGGGCAUUAUGAAAGACCUCAUCGCUAGUCCUUCCGGUCAGUCAAAACAAGGUUUAUCAUCCCCCAACCCCCCGGCGCAGGAGGUCAGGACUGAGGGAAACAGCACCUCCAAAAGAAGAAGGUUGAAUAUCAGCAGCAGCGAUAAGGACGAUUUGGACCCCCUGUCGCCCCCCAGAAACUCCUCUUCCUCCUCCAACCACAUCCAAAAGAAGCUGCGAUUUGAAGACACUUUGGACUUUCUAGGACUCGAUGUGAAAAUGGCUGAGGAGUCACCUUCCUCUUCUUCCUGCUCUUCCUCCUCUGCUCCACAGGCAGUGAGGAGUAAAAACCUGCUCAUCUCCCCAGUGGGUGUUGGGCAUCAUGCCAAUGGGCUCACAAAAGCCUCACCCGUGUCCAGCUUUGCCAACAGCAAGCCUGGCUCAGCCAAGAAAUUAGUCAUCAAGAACUUUAAAGAUAAACCAAAAUUGCCUGAAAACUACACAGAUGAAACCUGGCAGAAGCUUAAAGGCGCUGUGGAAGCCAUCCAAAAUAGCACUUCAAUUAAAUACAACCUGGAAGAACUCUACCAGGCUGUGGAAAACCUUUGCUCUUACAAAAUAUCUGCAAACCUUUACAAGCAGUUGAGACAAAUCUGUGAAGACCACAUCAAAGCACAAAUUCAUCAGUUCAGAGAAGAUUCAUUGGACAGUGUUCUUUUUCUGAAGAAAAUAGAUAAAUGUUGGCAAGAUCACUGCAGACAAAUGAUCAUGAUUAGGAGUAUCUUUUUAUUUCUGGAUAGAACGUAUGUUCUUCAAAAUUCAAUGCUGCCAUCUAUUUGGGAUAUGGGUCUAGAGCUGUUUAGAACUCACAUAAUCAGCGAUCAGAAAGUUCAGAACAAGACUAUUGAUGGCAUCCUCCUGCUGAUUGAGAGAGAAAGGAAUGGCGAGGCCAUUGACAGGAGUUUAUUGAGAAGCCUUCUUAGCAUGCUUUCUGACUUGCAAAUUUAUCAGGACUCUUUUGAACAGAGAUUCUUGGAAGAAACAAAUCGUUUGUAUGCAGCAGAAGGACAAAGGCUCAUGCAAGAACUAGAGGUCCCAGAGUACCUUCAUCAUGUAAGCAAACGCCUAGAAGAGGAAGCGGAUAGAGUUAUAACAUAUUUAGAUCAAAGCACACAAAAACCAUUAAUUGCCACUGUAGAAAAACAGCUCCUAGGUGAACAUUUAACAGCCACCCUUCAGAAAGGCUUGAACCAUCUUCUUGAUGGAAAUCGAAUUCAGGACCUUUUCUUGCUUUAUCAGUUAUUUAGUCGAGUAAGGGGUGGGGUGCAAGUCCUUUUGCAGCACUGGAUCGAGUACAUCAAGUCUUUUGGCAGUACUAUUGUGAUUAAUCCUGAGAAAGAUAAGACAAUGGUACAGGAGCUGUUGGAUUUUAAAGAUAAAGUGGACCAUGUAAUUGAUGUCUGCUUCCUAAAGAACGAGAAGUUUGUCAAUGCCAUGAAAGAAGCAUUUGAAACUUUCAUUAACAAACGACCAAAUAAACCUGCUGAAUUAAUUGCAAAACAUGUUGAUUCUAAACUUCGAACUGGGAACAAAGAAGCCACAGACGAAGAACUUGAAAAGAUGUUGGAUAAAAUUAUGAUAAUUUUUAGGUUCAUUUAUGGAAAGGAUGUCUUUGAGGCCUUCUAUAAGAAAGAUUUGGCAAAGAGGCUUUUAGUUGGUAAAAGUGCAUCAGUUGAUGCUGAAAAAUCUAUGCUUUCCAAAUUGAAGCAUGAAUGCGGAGCAGCAUUUACCAGCAAACUUGAAGGAAUGUUUAAAGAUAUGGAGCUGUCUAAAGAUAUAAUGGUUCACUUUAAGCAGUAUAUGCAGAACCAAAAUCUCCCUGGCAACAUUGAGCUUACAGUAAAUAUUCUAACAAUGGGGUACUGGCCAACUUAUGUGCCUAUGGAAGUUCAUCUACCACCAGAGAUUGUGAAACUACAGGAGAUUUUUAAGACCUUUUACCUGGGAAAGCACAGUGGUAGAAAGCUACAAUGGCAAUCAACUCUAGGGCAGUGUGUUUUAAAAGCAGAGUUUAACGAGGGCAGGAAAGAACUUCAAGUCUCCCUGUUCCAAACACUGGUGUUACUUAUGUUUAACGAGGGUGAUGAAUUCAUCUUUGAAGAAAUUAAGCAAGCUACUGGCAUAGAGGAUAGUGAAUUAAGGAGAACCCUUCAGUCCUUAGCCUGUGGCAGAGCUAGAGUGCUUAUCAAGAAUCCCAAGAGUAAGGAUGUUGAUGAUGGGGACAAAUUCACAUUUAAUGAUGAUUUCAGGCACCAGCUGUUCAGAAUACGAAUAAACCAGAUCCAGAUGAAGGAAACGGUGGAAGAACAAGCAAGCACUACAGAAAGAGUUUUCCAGGACAGACAGUACCAAAUCGAUGCAGCAAUUGUUCGGAUUAUGAAGAUGAGGAAGACCCUUAGUCACAAUCUUCUGGUGUCAGAAGUGUAUAACCAGCUUAAAUUUCCAGUCAAGCCAGCAGACCUGAAGAAGAGAAUAGAAUCAUUAAUAGAUAGGGACUACAUGGAAAGAGACAAAGAAAAUCCAAAUCAAUACAAUUAUGUUGCAUAAAGGAAGCUUAGCCUCAGCUGGUACCCAUCAUUCACUUGCUGGAGGAUAAAGAGAUUAGCCUGUUACACCAAUUGAAUUACAUUUUUCUACACCAGAAAAUGAAAAAAGGAAAAACUGCAUUGAGAAGACAGUCAGCAGUACCUUCAGUGAAUAAAACCGCCCAUUUAAAGAGUACAAUUUACAUUUAAACAGAAUGCUGUUGAACUCUCUGCAUGUUAUUUAGAAUGAUGUGCAUAUUGACUGUAAGAGCUGUAACGAUACCAGGGUUCUGUCUAUUGUAUGGGCUGAAGAGAAUGAAAUUGGGAUGUGGCAUAAGAUCCUCUGAUGAAAUCAACGUAUGAAGUAGGCUCUGCUCCUCAAGCUGCAUGCAGUUUAUUAAAAUGUAGCCGGCUAGUAGAGACAUGAGCGGACUCUUGCAUAUGCCCAAAGGCAUCUCUGACCCAGUCAAAUUAACCCCGGACACCAAAACAGGAGGCAUAGUACCAGUAUCUUGAAGAUGUAACAAGUAUGUGAGGUUAAGUACUAGUGUUUAUUGCGUCAACUAUUUUAUAUGAUGUAUAAAAUGUAGAGUGGCUUGUAUUUAAAGCAUUGACCAAGCUGGGACUGUAUGGGGACGUGAGAGGAAAUUGCAGUACCAACCCCAAACUUCAAUUGCCAUUCAGCUAAACACUAAGAGAUCUAGAUGCUUGUUCAGCAACACAAGGUAUCCAGUCCAUCUAUAAUGGCAGAAAGAGAGUUUGAGGUUGUUUAGAUGCUUGUGUGUCUUAAAUAGAAAUGAUAUAGAUAAAUGGAACUAAAUUGCCAUUUAUAUCAACUGCCGUACAGAGUUCUCAUUGCUGCAUCAGUCUGAGGAAGAGUAGAUUGUCCAUAGCUUGCAAUUCUGGACCAGCGGAUGUUUGAAGCAUCACUUGGUAAGACGUGUGCUGAGCCUUGAAAGCCUCGCUCAUUGUGACCUCUAGUAAUAUGCGUGAAGCCCCUUUAUUUGUUUGUUUUUUUUCAUAGCCCUUUGGGUUUUAAAUUAUGGCAUGCUGAUAGUCUGGCAACUACAGUCAUUUUCAUCCACUGUUAAUUCAUAGGGGCCCCAUGUAUUUUGUGCCUUGACAAAAACCGAAAAACAUAGAAUUUGUGUUGCAGAUGGAAUAUUUUUUGACUUGGGGGUUUUCUUUAGUUAAGAGAGAGCAAAAAAUAGGAAAUAAAUUCUUUUGGCUUUUAUAAACCGUUUGUGAACGCUUUGCCCUUUAAAAAAAAAAAAAAAAAAAUGAUGGGGGGCUGUUUGUAUUCACUCUUCCAGCUCGUAUCACUGCGUUUGCUUUUUGGGUUGCAUUCUUCCACUCCCCCCCCAUACAUUUUCCUUUUUUCCCCUCCACUAGACGCGGAUGCAGCCAUAUACAGGGUUACCAAAGUUGCCUUUUUAAAUUCGACCGUUUUAAUUAUCCACGCAAAAUGCGGCUGGAGGGAUAUUUUUGCUCGAGUGCAUUCUGCAUUGAUAAUUUGCUACUUGGUUCAAGCACUGGAAAUCAGCCACUUCCAUUUGCAAGGUUCGAAGGAAAUUUGCACAAUUCUGCACAAAGCUGCUCCAAAAUGUAACUGAAAUGUUUACAUAAAAAUGUAAUUUUCUGUGUGGAGUUGGCGUUUUCAAUUCUUGCAAACUUUAAAGAGCCCGUAUACCCCCCCCUCCCUCUGUCAGCAUUAAAUCCAUGAAAAGGGGCUUGUGCUGUAGAGAAGUAUGGCUGCCAAUCAAGUGUUGUCUGUAGCUAAAUAUCAAGGAAUCGGCACAGCCACAGUAAUUCAAACUGCAAAUAUUAAGGCAGUGAAGGCACACACUGAAUAUACAAUUUGCUGUAAUAAAAGAAAAAUCUUGAGCACAAUAAAAACAUCACCUGUCCACUGGAAAGUGUUCUGUAUAAUGACAAACUCCUUCUCUCAAAGCCCAGCAGAGACUCUAACUGGGACAAGGGCAUGCGUUGUUUAUACAGAGGCUUCUCAGUCUGUUUUGAGAUUUUUUUUUUGUGUCCAUACAAACCAGGAAAUUGAGAUUUAAUAUCAGAAUCAAGUAUGUUCAGUUCAAGCCCUGUUCAUUGAGCUAAUGUUUAACAAGGGUUUUGCUGCCCUUUAAAUUACCAGGGUCUGCUGUGAUUCCAAUUCUGGCACGAGAAGCACCUUUCUUUUUCUAAGGGAUGCAAAUUAGUGUCGUUUGAAUAAUCACUACAGGAAAAUUGUUACUGUGCCUGGUCAUAUAUUUAUUUUUUUCAAACUGCCACUGCCCAAAAAAAAAUUGGCAUUUUGUUCCUUGUAGUCGGGCGCUAAUUGAAAGGUGCUGAUCUCCCGGGUCUCUGAUCAGUUAACCAUUGGAAACCCGGCCCUUGUUCAUUUAGGGACAUGCAAUAAUGUUUAGAAAUGUGACUUGUCGCUACCAGUUAUCUGAAAACAGUAAAAGCGAACUGUUCGUAUUGUAAAAAAAAAAAAUCAACUAAACUGGAGUGGAUGCUUAGUAAUUAUUUUUCAUAAAGUUGUAUUUUUUCUUAUUUUCUGAGAUAUAAAUGGGUGUAUUGGCGUUUUUCCUUAAAACACUUGUUUUGCUUCUGCAAACAACCAAACCAUAGUGUCCGUAGUGCAUUGCAAACUGCUGACUUAUGGUGGAAUUGGCCAAUUAGAGAAAUGUCUCUGCAAUGUACACCGUUGGUGUGUUGAUUGCAAUCUUAAAAUAAAUGUUAGGUUGCGUAACUUCUAUUUAGCAUCCACUAUAGUUAAAGGGGUGGUUCACCUUUGCAUUAACCUUUAGUAUGUUAUAGAAUGGCUAAAUCUAAGCAGCUUUUCAAUUGGUCUUCAGUAUUUAUUAUAGGUUCCUUGAAUUAUUUGCCUUCUGACUCUACCCAGUUUCAAAUGGAGGUAGGGUUGCCACCUCAUUAAGGGCUCUUACAGAAGAGCGGUUUUACCUGUGCUCCCCUUCCCUGCGCUGCACUUUCUUCCGGUCAGCCACAGGGGAGCGCAGGAAUAGACGCACUGAAUUAUUGUCAAUGGGGCUGUAAUGCAGGUAAAAUACAACAUGCUGCGUCCCAACCUGAGUUUGGUGCUUACAUGUGUCUGUGUGAGUACAGCCCCAUUGACAAUAAUUCAGUGGUUCUACUCCUGUGCUCCCCUGCAACAGAACGGAGGAAGCGCAGGUAAAACCGCUCUUCUGUAAGAGCCCUAAAACUGAACAUAUAUGGAAUCAACAGCCUGCAAGGCAAAUUAGUAAUUCAUUUAGGGUAGGUCUACAGGGAUGUUUUCGGCGCAAUCCGACACACUUAGACAAAAUGCCUGCGACAAGUAAUAUGCGCCAAAAAUAAGGUAAGUGAAUGCAUUGUUGCAUGGUGUCGUAGCGUAGAUCUGCGUCUGCAUCCCACAGUCGUGUCAGAUCAACGCCGCGACACCAUGCAACAAUGCAUUCACUUACCUUAUUUUUGUUGCAGACGUUUUGUCGCACCACGUUGGAUCGCGAGCCGAAAACGUUCAUGUAGUCCUACCCUAAGAUGCAUAGCUGCACAUAAAAGCUGCACAUAAAUCGGUUCAGCAUCUAAAUGAAAUGCUAAUUAGUCAUCCAGGCUGUUGAUUCCAUAUGUGUUCGGUUUUAAAGGUUUGAGAUGGCAACCCUAAAUGAGGGUCAAUGAACAAAAUUCUCUGUGGCUACACAUUUUAUUGCUAUUGCUACUUUUUAUUUAUUUUAUUUUUUUAUUUGGGUCCUCUCCUAUUCAUAUUCCAUUCUCUUGUUCAAAUCAAAACAAGGUUGGACCCAGCAACCAGAUUGCUGAAUUUGCAAUUUGCUCAAUAAAAAGCUAAAGAACUCAAAACCCGCAAAUAAUAUGAAAAUGAUCUCCGACUAUCGCUCUCUCCAUUGUACUAAAAGUUAUUUUAAAGGUGAACAGCCCCUUUAUGGCUACUGCAUCUGCUUGAUCCUGUGUUUGUACUGGGUCUGCCUGGGUGACACACACACACAAUGGAUUUCAGUGCAAAGAAACCAAUAAAAUUGCACAUUUCCCAGACAAAAUUCACUGGGGGUCGUUUAUCACUGGUUGCUAUGGGUUACUGCCCAGGUGCAAAUUUGCCCAAGGUUUAUAAAUGAGCCCCACUGUGUGUCUACCAGGCCGAUACAGUACCUGGAAGUGAGUCAGUAAAUAACCCCAUGAAGUCGUAGCCUAAUGAGUUUUUUUUUUUUUAUGAUACGACAGUUCCUCUUGAACUGUUAUUCCCCCAGCUUUCCCCAAUAAAUCCAUAAAGCUCAUUGCAAAACAGUAGCCUAUAUUUUGUUUAAUGCUGUGAAGUAUUGCAGCCUCUACUUCUUAUUUGCUCGUAUGGUGCCAAAUUAAAGGGAGGCAAGGAACAAGUGUAUUGAAAUAAUGCAGAUAUUUUUCCUUUUAGAUCAUCGAUUGUUUUAUAAGGGCAAAGGUUCAGCGUCAUGGCCGUUCAUUUUAAUUGUUUUAUUGACUAGUAACCUGGUGCCUCUUCUCAGGGGACGUGUUCAGAUACCGGACAUUCGCUCACUCCCAUAUUAAUGGGAAAAUGCACUUCUUUUUUUUUUUUUAAAUAGACGGCAAAGUAUGAAGGCAAUUCCAGCUUGCAUGAGUCCGUUUAAAUGAAGCUGCCAUCUUGCCUGCUGUAUUGCUUAUGGAUAGCGGGUGCUGUUUCCAAGAUGGCAGAGAAAACCGAAAUAAGAGCUCAGCAUUAUUGUUUAGUAUUCAAUAAAUACCGAUCAUUUAUUUUAGCCAGUUGGCCUUUCCAGUGCUAUCAAUGCUAUGCAAGUGGCAUCACCUACCAGAAAUGUGACUGCAUUGUGCAGAGGACAUGGUAUUUAUGCUGGUAGAUUAUUCAUUACAUCUCUACACAGAAAUGCUCUGUUGCAAGCAAUAUGGCAGCUCCGGAGGAUGGGGUAUUCAAUGUACACAACAAAUAACCGCCCCAUGCUAUCCUCUCCCAAGCGAAGGUACGACAUGAUCAGGCACAUUUAUCAAGGGUCAAAUGCCGAAUUCAUGUAAUUCCCAUAAAUUUGACUGGAUUGAAAUUUAUUAACAAAAUCUAUUUUUUUUUUUAUACUCUUGACUAAUUUAAAUGACCCGUAAAGCCUAAUCGAAUUCGAUCAAACUCGAUUCUAGUUUUCUCUCUGAAAAAAAAAAAACCCGAAUGUCAAGAAGGCUGCAAACAUCUCCAAGUUGAUCCCAGCACCUCUCCCAUUGACUUAAAUUCCGCAGGUUUUAGGUGGCGAAUAGUCAAAUUCAUAAAGGGCCAGAGUAUUAUAAAUCUCGAAAAACCGAAAAAUUUGGAUAACUCCCUAGCUAAAUUUUACAGUUUUUACCAUUAAAGAAAUUCAAAUUUUCAAUUCAACCCUUGAUCAAUCUGUCCCGAUCUGUCUGUUUGACACCAGGAGCAGCACUUAGCAAUACCUUGGCUGUGGUUAAUACUUUACUAGCCCAAAAGCUUUACUUGUUGCUGCCAAGCAUUUAACUCAUUUGUUUAUAGCCAAUAUCCACACUGCAAGGGCAGAGACACGUUAUUCAGGGAGAUUGCCUGGCGACAAAUCUCCUCUAAUUCGUUUUCCGAAGUUUUCCUCGUGAGGCAUCUUCGGGCGACUUCGGAAAACGAAGUGCUUCGAGUGCCAUCCCGCCGGCGAUAUACAUUCUAGCCGGCGGGGAGGCAGGUCAGGGAGAAUAGUCGAAGAAAAGGAGAUUUGUCACCGGGCAACUAAUCUCCCCGAAUCGCAGCGUAUCUCUGCCCUAAGGGCGAAACCAUAUUUGGGGAGGGCAGUCCCUGAAGAGUGCAGCAGCAUUCAGAAAUGUAAUAAAACUUUUCACAGCAGUCAGUCGGAUUGCAACAAGCUCGCCCCGGCCAUAGAUUAUGGUUACAGCAGCGCAGACUAAAUCACUUUGUAUAUGUUCACUGAACUCUGAUUUACAAGGACACGUGUGAGCGGAUUGCAUGCUUUUUUUGAAGCAAAACAUUUUUAAGUCUCGACAAGGGUACAAGGUCCUUUCUAAGUUGAUAAAUAAUGUAAAUAUGUGUCCCUCCCCCCUCAAAGAAGAGUGAGUCUGUUCUCUAGGUAUUUUGUGUCAUUUAAUAAAUAUUAAACUGUUGUGUUGCUAAA